AAAAGGGUUGGCUAAAAAGGGGCGGAGGGGUAAGGAAAGGGGAGGGGAGGAAAUUCCCUAAGCCUUCUGAAAAGAAAAUUGGUAACUUCGCUCUGACGUUACAUUUCCAUGUAUGUUCUCUGGCUACAAUCUUUCUUAUCCUAAUUGUAUUUAGCCUAUUCUCCAACCUGAUCAGCUGUUUCCGUGAGACGUGUAAUUGGUUAAAGCUCCGGAGGUGCACCUUCUGCUGAGCUUCCUCCUCUUACUUUUUCUUCUAGCCUAAGAAGAAUUUUCGUGAAGACUUUUGUCAACAUGUAGCAAUAUGAUGUGUUGAGUGGUCCCUUGCAGUAAUGGUGGUGGUGAAUGAUGGCUGGGGGAAGAAUUUGGCUGUACCCAUGACAGAAACCUUUGCCUGUCUUACCUCAAAUAACAAAAUGACAAGUCGAGGAGUUCUCACUUGCCGUUUCAACUCCCACCCCUUCCAGGAGCGCAGCCUAAUUCUUGACCAACCUGUGAAGAUUGGGCGCUCAGUGGCAAGAGCAAAACCUGCUGCAAACAAUGCUAUUUUUGAUUGUAAAGUUUUGUCUCGCAACCACGCCCUACUGUGGUAUGAUGCCGGUAAAUUUUACCUUCAGGAUACAAAGAGUAGCAAUGGCACUUUUGUCAAUAACCAUAGACUUAGCAAAGGAGGUGAAGAGUCUACACCAAGGGAAGUUUGUUCGGGAGAUAUUGUACAGUUUGGUGUUGAUGUCAUGGAAAAUGCAGGCAAGGUAACACAUGGUUGUAUUAUUGCAACCCUUCGGUUGUAUUUGCCAGAUGGAAAGGAAGCCAAAGCAAGUCCUUCUACGGUUCAUUCUCAAGAAACUGUUGGUUUGGAAGAACUCUAUGCUCUAAACAGUUAUCUUCAAGAAGCACUCCAGAGAGAGAACCAACUAGAGAAAAAACUUCACUCCUUGCAGCGACUGUUGGAUGAUCUGAGGAAGAGUUGUGAUCUGGGCUGGAAAGCUUUAAUUGAUGAAGACCGUCUCCUUUCUCGAGUUGAAAUACUUGAGUGUCAAUUGCAGACUUAUGCUAAGAAUGCCACCGAAGACAUACUAAGGGAGGAACUGCGUAAGCUUCAAGAAGAUAAAAUAAACUACCAAGGAACUGCAAAGCAAGGACUUCAGAAAGUACUUGAAGAAAAACUUGAGGCAGUACAAAAAUUGCAAGAUCUUGAGAACUCUAAAGCAAGUGUGGAAAUGCAAUGCAAUGGGCUGAAACAGCUCCUCGCUCGUAGCCAACAAGACCUCAAGGAACUUGCACAGAAGUACAGUCAGCAGUCUGUUAAGCUUAAUAGUACAGAAGAACAGCAUCAAGAAGUUCUACAAGCUUUAGAGGAAGAGAAAAAACAGCUCCAGUCCCAGCUGGAAGAGCAAAUCAAAGCAGAGAGAGCCCUUCAGACUAAAUUGGAGGGACUUCAGGCAGAUGGAGACCUCACACAGCAGCAAUUGGAGGCUGUCCAGGCACAUUUGGCAGGAUUGGAAUCAGGAGUGACUAUGGACCUAAUUAUUCAACGCAUCAGUGACACACUGAAGGUCGAGCUCAAGGAAAGGCUGGACAACGCUGAACUUAUCAGUGAAGAGGACCAAAUUUCAAAAAAAGAUCUUGAUAAUGCUGGUAAUAACACUAAUUCCAUUCACAGACUGAAGGCCACUAUUGCCAUGCAAAAUGAAAUGUUGGCUUCAAUGAGAGAAAAAGAAAGAGAAUAUGAAAAGCAAAACGAGCAGUUAGAUGCUGAGCUGCGCAAAGUACAAGCAGUUAUGGAACGUUUAAAAGAUAAUGCAGAUGAUACUCACCCACAGGUAAACAACAGAGAAUCUGACGAUACAGAGGUGAUGAAAAAGUUGCAAUGGGAGGCACAACAAAAUGAAAAACAGCUUCGCAAUGGUGUGGAUUGUGUUGUUCAACUAGAGGCACAAUUAUCAAAGCUCCAACAAGAUGAAAAGUAUGUUAGGAAUGGUUCUGAAAAUGUUGCCCAGCUAGAAGGACAACUAGCAAAGCUGCAACAAGAUCAAAAGCUAAAUCAACCUCUUCUUGAAGAACGUAAUGAGCAGUGUAAAAGAUUGACAAGUAAAGUGGAGGAGCUAGAAGAGGAAUUAGUUGUUCUUCGUGAACGCUUUUCACAGUGUAAUUUGGAGCGCACCCGCAUUUUUCAGGAUCUCCGCACUUUACAAGCUAGUUCUGGUCAAAUAACCUCUGCUAAGUUGAUGAUGCCAGGUCUAGUUCUAAUGCUCGCUAUUUUUUUAUUCAUGUGGCUUCAAUUCUGACUCAGUAGAUGCCUUCAAAUUAUUUUUCAGAUCUUUUUCCUUUGUCAUGCUCAACCCUUAGUUGCCAUAUUGAAAAGUAAGGAAAUGUAAAUAUUCUAAGUUAUUGGGAGUGUCCACGUAUGUUCAAUAAAUGCUGUUUGUUACUGUGAUUGUUCAUUAAUUCAUUAACCAUACCGUAAUUGCUUUUGUAGGGUAGAUAAAUACCAAAAAUUAUAUUCUAUUCUGUAAAUUUGCAUGAGUGGUGGUGUUUUGUUGCUUUAAGUGGUGUGGAUUAUCCUAUAACAAAGCAUACAACACAUGUUUUGGAGGGUCACUUAAAAUGUAUUUGUAUGCAUCUGAGUUUGUUGAUUACGUUUCUUCUCCUUUUAAAGACUCUUUUUAUUUAUCUAUUGUAAGUAUUUUUAAUAGGAUCAAUAUUUCCCCACUUUUCACUUUUGUUUCCCCCUAGGCCCACUGUGAUAUUUGUUUUGAGUACAAUCACAUCCUGUAAAUUUGAGGAGAGCCAAGGCUAAAUUUAAAAUGUCUAUGAUUUAGGGACCUGACAUUUAAAGUCUAUCAGCAGUGAAAAAUGAUUUUACACCAUUGCUUUUUCUAUCCUCUUCCCUUAUUUGUUGUUAUUUAUCAUUAUUAUUAAAUGUUGUCAUUUCUAUUGUUAUCAAGUUCUGUUGGUGUCUGUGUGUAGUGUUGAAAUAUCUGUCAUGAGUCUGAAAAGACUUUUGGUAUACUCUAGGUUUUAGUUACCAUGUGUAGCCUCAUCUAGUCUUUGUAAGAUUUUCCUUUAAAGAUUUGUAAAUGGAAUAAAAAAGACUUCAUGCAGAUUACACUUUCAGUGUGAGUCUGUAUUCGAUUUUGUAGAUUGUCAAGCUCUUAAUAAAACUUUGUGUUUCUUUA